AUUUUUGCAACACAAAGGUAAUAUUUUUUAAAUCUUGAAAAAUAGAUAACAUAAUUAUCUGUUCUGCUAAAUAAAUAUCUAUGGAUUAUAAAAAUAUAAUUAUUAUAAUGUAAUGAGGGAUAUUUAUCAGGAAAAUCAUUAAGAUACAAGAGCCAUGUUUUUUUUAAUAAAUAAGGUUUAUAAAAAAUUUAAUUGUCUUUCUAAUCAUUAAUUGUGUUAAAAAAGUUUUCUUGAAAGGAGAAAAAAUACAGUAGUAAAAUAUAACAACAGAAAUUUAAUAGUCACUAGUUACAACAUUCUGAAAAACAAUUUUUUUUUUAUAUUCAUAUACAUAUCAAUGGGCAAUAGCAAUUAACAUGUGUAUGUCAGAGUAAAGUUGAUGAUUCAACAUGGCAGAUGUACCUAGCGAGGCUCCCGAACACUGUCCUGGAACCCAGAGUGAGGAUGCUGGCAAAGCGUCAGCCUGUGCGGGAUGCCCGAAUCAGUCGCUGUGCUCCUCCGGAGCCACCAAACAGCCAGAUCCUGGUAUUGCGCUUGUGAAAGAAAGGCUCUCUUCGGUGCGAAAUAAGCUGCUAGUGCUUUCAGGCAAAGGAGGAGUAGGCAAGAGUACUGUGACGUCGUUGCUGUCCAGGUGUCUUGCAGCAAAUAAUCCUGACAGAAAUGUGGGAGUAUUGGACAUCGACAUUUGUGGACCAUCGCAGCCAAGGGUACUGGGAGCACUUGGUGAACAAGUUCACCAAAGUGGAUCAGGAUGGUCCCCUGUAUAUAUCGAGGACAACUUGUCACUGAUGUCGAUUGGAUUUUUGCUCAGUGGUCCAAGUGAUGCAGUUAUCUGGAGGGGACCGAAGAAAAAUGGUAUGAUCAGGCAGUUCCUGUCGGAAGUUGACUGGGGCAGCUUAGAUUACCUCAUUCUGGACACACCGCCCGGCACGUCGGACGAACACUUGUCGGCUACGUCGUAUCUCAAGGGUGCCGGCAUUACCGGUGCCGUAAUUGUCACGACACCGCCGCAAGUCGCUCUCUUAGACGUCAGGAAAGAGAUAGACUUCUGCAGAAAGGUGAACGUUCCGAUCUUGGGUGUGGUGGAGAACAUGAGUAUCUUCGUAUGUCCUAAGUGCAAGAAUACCGCAGAAAUAUUCCCAGCUUCGUCAGGUGGUGCGCGAACGAUGUCGAGCGAAUUAAACGUGGAGUUCUUAGGCUCGAUACCUUUAGACCCGUUGCUGGCCAGAUGUUGCGACGAGGGUAAAAAUUUUCUGACGGAGAUGCCAGAAUCACCAGCCGUUGGAGCUUUGAACGAAAUUUGCAAGAGAAUCGUUCGAAAGUGCGAAGAAGAGAAAGAGAAUUGCCCCAGUAAUUCCCAGUGAUAACGCGCGAAAUUUCUUUUGUAUAAAAAUUUACAUGUAAAUGCAUCCGUUUUGCUGGUCAAGUCUAAUAAAAAAAUUCAUUUUGUUCUAA